AUCUGAGGGCGUGCGGCGUUGUAAAGAUGCGGCUUGUGCAAAAUGGUAAUACCGAUCUCAUGGCGAUGAUGGUAUUUCCGGAAACAAAAGGUGAUGAUAAGGGUAUUAUGGGUAAAUGGUCCAGCAGCACCAAUCCAAUCGGAGAAAGAACAGUGUGAUAGGACACAGGAUAAGGUCCCAUAUCCAAAUGGCUGCCAUGGCUAGUAUUUCCUUUUCCAAUGUUGCCCCUCAGCGACCAUCCCCAUUCACAAGCCUUCAAUCAAAGCCUCUCUCCAAGUUCCCUUUUCAUCUGCAAAAAUCAAGAGUUCUUGCCAAAUUGGGCGGAGGAGAUGGCGAUGCCAAGCGACUCGAAAAGAAGUUCAUCACUAGAGAAGAGGAACCUGAACAGUAUUGGCAAACUGCUGGAGAGAGAGAAGGGGAGAACCCCAUGAAGACUCCCCUACCAUACAUCAUCAUCUUUGGGAUGUCGACCCCAUUCGUAAUAUUAGCCAUUGCUUUUGCCAACGGUUGGAUCAAGGUUCCUGUGCGAUGAUGUGCAACAGAUUGAAAAUUCAUCACUGCUUUUCAAGGUUAUGUUAUGUCAUACAUAUGUUAAAAAUGUUGUGCGUUCAUUUUUUUUAAUGGAAAAUUGUUUGAUAAGGUUGUAGCCUUAUCAAAAUAA